GGAAACUACGCAUUUUUCGCGCGAAAUCUCGUUGCUGUCCUGUAUUGUAUUUUCAGUAGAUUAAAUCAGAGAAUCGGGCAGAUCGGCUUCGCGGUGGGGAGAAGGUUACUUUGUUUUUUGUUGUUGUGAUUUUGUCCUCUGUGUGAGCUGAAAGAGACGAAACAGGAUGAAAUAUUUCACUCGAAUGAAAAUCAGACGAGUAUAUGAGUGGAGUGGAAGGGCACGAAGCUUCAACAGGAGGCUAAAAACCCACGACUAUGACUCUUUUGCGAUCAGUGUGGAGGGUCUCUCAAAAAUCAUCAUCAACACAGGCCAACACAUCCUCAUAGAGGGGUAUGAUGAAGACAACCCAUAUGUGGCCAAAGUUACCAGGCUGUAUGGUGAUGAGAAUGGGCAACAGAUGAAGGCAGUAGUUCAGUGGUUCAUGCGUGUGUCUGAAUUGCCUGUCAACAAACUGAAAUUGCUUGGCAGAGAGCCUCAUCCGCAGGAGAUCUUCUACUAUGAAUGUCGUAAUUGUGAUAAUGAGGUCAACGUCGAGUCCAUCCUCAGGCCUGUGAAGGUGAAGCACCUCGACAGCAAUGACCCGUUCCCUGACUCCUCUGACAAAGAUACCCUGUACGUGAAGUUGUCCUGGGACUCCAAGGUCUUCGGGGUGGUGAACUCGACCGUGAUGGAGUCUCCCGCUGAGCCAGCACCUGCUUCUUCACCUCCUUCCUGUCUUAAACCCUCCCUCCCGAUAUCACCUUCUUGCUCCCAGUCUGCAGCCACCCCCAGAGGACCCUCUCGGCGUGUCCUACCCACACCGGACCACGCCAUAAUGCAGAAGGCGUCAUUAGGGGAAGUUGGCUGCAGCAGUGUAGGUACACCUGCCAAUGUCGAGGCUGAGUCACUUCACUCGGCCACUAAACUGUCAGCGUCAAAAUGCCUCAGUGCCAAGAGGAGGAAUGCCACGGCCAGGACGCCUGGUGUCCGAAAGAGACUGGAGCUUAGCAGUCCAGACAAGUCAGUGACAGGUGAAGAAGUCCUGAGUCAGCUGCUAAAUGAAGAGUUGGAAUCAAAGGUGACACUGACUCGCAGGCUUCCUCCCUCUGCCGCUCAUCCUCUGCCCGUCACCCACAGCCUCACACCCCUGAGGAAGGCCCACAGACCCACCGGUGCUCGGUGUGGUGUCCCCUCAUCUGUCUUCCUCAACAAACUCUCUGAUUCGGAUAGCCCUCUGUCACCAGCCAAGGAUGACUCCACAAGAGCUACAACUGUGUCACAAAAGAAAGAGCUGAAAACCAUUAAAGAGCCAGUCCUCAGUGUUCUAGCGGAGGUGGAGAAUGAAAAGUCUCCAAUGGUCACUGAAACACCGAGGAGCUCUAAGAGGAAGUCGGCCAUGGUGGUGUCAUCACGCAUCAAGAAACAGCUGAAUCUUCUGGAAAACGAUCAGGACCUAAACUCAUCCGGAGAGGAAGAGGAUGAGUUUGUUCCAUCUAAGAAUGACUUGCUGAGCAGCAGCGAAGAGGAGGGUCAAGAUGAGGAUGGGCCGAAUAUUGAUGAUCAAGUGUCAGCGAAGAAGUUCCGAUAUGUUGCAACGGGUUCUGGCAAUUCUCGUUCAAAAAGGAAAUCUUACUCCUCAGCGAGAACACAACGAAGAACUCCCGCAAAGAAGAUCUCGCCGGGAACGCCCAAAACCCCCCGUCACGCCACGCCCAGCAUCCCCAUCAGGUCCCUGCAGACCCAACAGCCGGCUAACAUCCUGGAGGAAGCCAGAGCCAGGCUGCAUGUGUCAUCGGUGCCAGAGUCUCUGCCCUGCAGGGAGCAGGAGUUUCAGGACAUCUACAGCUUUGUGGAAAGCAAGAUCAUUGACAACACAGGAGGGUGCAUGUACAUCUCUGGUGUGCCAGGAACUGGAAAGACAGCGACAGUUCAUGAGGUGAUUCGCUGUCUGCAGCACGCAGCUGACAUGGACGAAAUCCCUUCAUUCCACUUCAUCGAGAUCAAUGGGAUGAAAAUGACAGACCCACACCAGGCCUACGUCCAAAUCCUACAGAAACUGACUGGUCAGAAAGCCACACCUGACCACGCAGCAGUUCUGCUGGAAAAGAGAUUCAGCAACCUAGCGCCCAGGAAGGAGACUAUUGUGAUGCUCGUGGAUGAAUUAGACCUGCUGUGGACGAGGAAGCAGAACGUGAUGUACAACCUGUUCGAUUGGCCCACACGGCGUCAUGCUCGCCUGGUGGUGCUGACCAUCGCCAACACAAUGGAUCUGCCCGAGAGAAUCAUGAUCAACAGAGUGGCCAGUAGACUGGGUUUGACCAGGAUGUCAUUCCAGCCGUACAGCUUCAAGCAGUUGCAGGAGAUCAUCAUGUCCAGGCUGAACAAGUUGAAGGCCUUUGAGGAGGACGCUCUGCAGUUGGUGUCCAGGAAGGUGGCCGCUCUGUCCGGUGAUGCUCGCCGAUGUUUGGACAUCUGUCGGCGGGCAACGGAGAUCUGUGAGCACUCAGCUGCUGACCCUUCCUCCACAGGAUUGGUGGGAAUGAGUCACGUGAUGGAAGCACUGAAUGAGAUGUUUUCCUCUGCCUACAUCACUGCCAUCAGGUGUGCGUCAACACAGGAGCAGCUCUUCCUCAGAGCUGCUAUUGCAGAGUUUAGGCGGCUGGGAUUGGAAGAGGCGACUUUCCAACAGGUGUUCGUGCAGCACCAAGCUCUCUGUCGGAUUGAAGGUCUUCGGCCCAUCGGUGUCUCGGAGGGUCUGGCUGUUUGUCAGCGUCUGGGAGCCUGCAGGCUGCUGCUGCUGGAACCGAGUCACCUGGGAGUCCUGCAGCACAUCCGACUCAACGUCAGCCAGGAUGACAUCUUUUAUGCCUUGAAAGCUGACUGAAGGGGGGAGUCUUUCACACAAACUGAACAAUGACAGAUGACAGUGAACCCUCGUCCACGGAUUUUAGUUAUGAGCUUAAAUCUUUGUCCCCAAUUUUACUGGAAGAUUUUCUUCUGUCUUUGGAUUUUAUUUUUUAUGUUUGUCUUAAAUGUACAAUAAAAUUCUACUAAUCCCUCA